AUGUGGCGCUGUCGCUGGCUUUCGUCUGGCACUUCGACCAAAAUAUUGAAGACAAAUGCCGCCACUAAAAUGCACAACAAAUUAGACCAAUUGCUUCGAUUAGGGGCGCAAGAUGCGGCUGUAAAGCAUCGAAACGAAGUUAUGGACAUAGCAAAGACUCUUCUGGAAAAUCCGUUGAAUGUGAACGAAGAGGCAGAGAUCGUUGCCAAAUUAAAGCGCUUCAAACAACUGGGCGAACCUUUCUGGCUAGAUUACAUGUCUAGAUUAGAAAACCGCAUAAAGUCAACACACAACAUAGCGCCUCCGAAUCAUAAUCGCGAAGCUUCCGGUGCUGCAAGCGUUGGUAGGCUAGACACGAACAUUCGUGGUUUAUUGAAGUUGGCUAGAUCACUCAGUGACGAAAAUGUGUCAUCGACAGCCGUUGCAUCGUUUUUUGCAAAGUGGAUUAAAAAACACAUAUACGACUUGGUACCGGGCCAGCUGGAAUUAUUAAACGGCCUACUUGAGUAUAUUUUACGUACUGGCCAACAAAAUCAACUAUCACCAGCGGAUUUCGACCCCUUAGCCGAGUGCUCUUGGGAGGCUGAAACACAUCUGCUUGUCGAUACGUUGUACCUUCUAGGAAAACUUGGUAUCAAGAACGACACUGUGCUCACCACUGUAGGUAGAGCGAUUCACAACGAUAUUGCGAUUGGGAAAUUGAGUGCAUACCACAAAACGAAGCUUGCCAGAGCCUACGCUUUGCUCAAACACAGUCACAUCACGUUCUAUUCACAUGUGGCCGAAGAACUCCGCGUAAUAUUUCAGGGGAAGGAUAUAGGAAAGUAUUCAAUGGCAGGUGUUACCAGGGGAAGCGAUUACGUUGAAGGUCUAGGGUCAGCUGCGUUAGCUCAUCCCAGCGGCGUUAUAUGUGAAAUACUUCCGCGAAUAAAUACAGACUCAAACGUUGCCGGACAGCAAGGUACAGCGGAAUCGAUCGCAUUCAAAGGUUUGACGGAGCAGUUGUACAGUGAUGGUCAAAUCAUUUAUAUCUUGGAUUCCAUGCUUUACCUAAAUCUGCAUCAUCUCGAGAGGUACUUUGUGAGAUUGCUCUCCAGCGCGAUCAAACACUGCUAUACAACACAAUCUCUAGCCCAGUUUGAUGUGGAGCAGCUUCGGAGCGCAAUCACACUGCUUGCUCAAUGCGGGAAGACCGUGGAUGACACUGUUGUGGAGUUCAUUUCACGAAGGUUCAUGCAGUCAUACGUCGACGGGCAUGCCAGUAACGCCCAGCUGACACUUUUUCUAAAGGACCUUGUGAAAUAUACGCGUCACGUAACCAAGAAAGUAAAUCGACGUGGGCGCACAUGUUUCAAAUCAGCGUUUCAUGCGCCCACAUGGUUACGCAAACCCUUGUCUGAAAUGGAGGACGCCCCAGGUGGAAAUGCUGCGCCGUCGAUGCUGGAGUCGUUGUGUACUGCAAUCUGCCAAAAUGUGCACAGUUUCGAAAUGGUCGAUUUAACGUCCUGUAUUCGGUCUGUGGCGUAUUUAGGUUUGAGAAACGAGAAUUUCUUCAAGGCAUUCAUCCCCUUCUUCAAAGACAAGAUCGCUUCGGUGAAUCACCUCGGCAUAACGAAUUUGACCCAGGCAUUUAUUAAAGCGCAAAUCAGGGACGAUCACCUGUUUUAUCUUAUGGGCCAGCAGCACCAAUUAUCUUUGCUUGCUGACGAUAAAGCACACAAGUUAUAUGUCAAACGCAUCGGGUAA